AUGAUGUUUUCUUUUAUCAAAUGGAAUCCGAAUAAAUUAAAAAUAUUUCGUAAUAAUCAUGAACGAUUCUAUUCAAAUAAUGAUUUAAUAUCAAAUAUAUUACCAACAAAAACAAUAAAGAAUAUAAUAUCAUAUACUCCUUCAGGUGUAGAAAUACAAGUAAAUGGUUGGAUACGUUCUGUAAGGAUACAGAAAAAUGUUUCUUUUGCUUCUAUUAACGACGGUUCAAGUGUAAAAGGUUUACAAGCUAUACUCUCAAAUGAAGACGCUAAAAAGUUAACCACCGGUACUUGUGUUAGAUUACAUGGUAUAAUAGUUGAUAGUAUUGGAAAGAAACAAAAUAAAGAAGUGAAAGUUAAUAAAGUUGAAAUUUUAGGCGAAUGUGAUUCCACUUAUCCAUUACAAAAGAAAGCUCAUUCAAUGGAGUUUCUUCGUGAUAUGACUCAUUUACGUUUUAAAACAAAUAUUUUUAGUGCUAUUUUACGUGUAAGAAAUUCUACUAUAUUAGGUUUUCAAAAUUUCUUUCAGAAUAAUGAAUUUAUACAAGUUCAUACUCCAAUUAUAACAACAUCAGAUUGUGAAGGUGGUGGUGAAGCGUUUAAACUUACAACGGUAAACUCUACAGAUUUCUUUGGUAAACCAGUAUAUUUAACAGUAUCAGGUCAAUUACAUGCAGAAUCAAUUGCUUCUUCCAUUUCACGCGUGUAUUCAAUCGGUCCAAUAUUUAGAGCCGAGAAAUCUUUGACUUCAAAACAUUUAUCAGAAUUUUGGAUGUUAGAAAGUGAAAUCUCAUUUAUUGAUUCUUUAAAGGAUUUAAAUGAUUUUAUUGAAAAUUCAAUUAAAUUCACUAUACAAUAUUUAUUAAAUAAUUCUUAUCAUGAUCUUGAAUAUUUUAAUCAAUUCAUUGAUGAUAAUUUAUUAAAUCGGUUAGAAAAUACUUUAAAAAAUCCUUUUAUCACAAUGUCUUAUGAUGAUGCUAUAAAUAUUCUUUCGAAAAAUUCUUUUAAUAUUUCAUUUGGUUCUCCCAUUCAAUCUCUCCAUGAGAAAUUUUUAUCCACAAAUUAUUGUAAUUCUCCUUUAUUCAUUAUUAAUUAUCCAAAAGAAAUUAAACCUUUUUAUAUGCGUUCCAAUGAUGAUAAUAAGACUGUCGCUUGUACUGAUUUAAUACUUCCUAAAAUUGGUGAAUUGGUUGGUGGUAGUUUAAGAGAAGAACGUUAUUCCCUUUUAGAAAAUAAUAUCUUAAUUAAAGGAUUAUCUUUGGAUGAUUAUAAAUGGUAUUUGGAUUUGAGAAAGUUUGGCAGUUUUCCUCAUGGCGGUUUUGGUAUGGGAAUUGAAAGAUUUUUGUUAUAUAUUACCGGGUUAGAAAAUAUUAAAGAUGUGAUACCUUUUCCUAGAUCUACCAAUUAUUGUAAAUUUUAA